CCACAACAAUAAAAAUAUAAAAAUAGCUUACCAAAUCUGCAUGAGAAGAAUCGGAAAUUAAGCGACCACGAAAGGACAACAAAGGCCGGUCAAGAAUCAGAGAAUGGAAAUAUUGGCAGCAAGACUGGAGUGAUGCGGUCCAGCAUAUACCGCCUCCUAGGGCGAUGCCUUGGGGUGGCAGGUUACAUGGUGCAGUACGGGUGCAUUGCCCACUGCACCCUGGAGUUCGUGGGGGACUUUGUUGUUUGCAAGGGCCCUUCCAUGGAACCCACUAUCUUCUCAGAGGAUGUCAUACUGACUGAGCACAUUUCACCUCGCUUCAACCGCAUCCAACGUGGUGAUGUCAUCAUUGCAAGGUCACCCACCAACCCCCACCAUCACAUCUGCAAGCGGGUCACAGGGAUUGGAGGAGACAAGGUCAAGAAUGGAUACAGAAUACACAUUGUGCCAAAGGGGCAUGUUUGGCUAGAAGGAGAUAACGCCCUUAACUCGACUGAUUCCCGCACUUUUGGCUCUGUUCCUGCUGGUCUUAUUCGUGGAAGGGCUGUGUGUCGUCUCUGGCCCCUCUCUGAUGUUGGAAGACUUGACUCAAUGCAGAAGUGGCAGAUAGAGCGGUGAUACUGCUUUGGCAGUCUCUUGGGCCCUACGCACCCUCCUUGCCACCAACCCCCUGCCCACCACCACACAUGAUGAGAAACACCUCUAUUGGGAAGCCAUGUGCAGUGUGUCAGCACCACUUUGUUUGCUCAUUAUCCGUGCCAUGUUUUAUUACCUGUUGAUGCUGGAAGUGCAUUUAUACAGACUUCAGAGAUGUCCUGUUUAGGUCUUCCUUACAAUUCAGAUUGACUUAUCCCUCUAAGUUUCUUGUGCACAAGACAGGGUCUUAAUUUUUUUAUUUCUUCUAUUUAAUAAUCUUAAGUAUUUUUUCCCAUAGUUCUCUGUCCUUUCCUAUUUCCCAGGAAGGGCUGCUGAAGAGGAAUGUCAUGAGAGAAGGAAUAGUAUAUAUGUAGAUGCACACUCACACUCACUCACACUCACACUCACACUCACACUCACACACACACUCACACUCACACUCACACUCACACUCACACUCACACUCACACACACACACACACACACACACACACACACACACACACACACACACACACACACACACACACACACACACACACACACACACACACACACCUAUAUAUAUUUUUUCUUUAUAGAAUCUGUUGAUAGCAAAUUUUAUAGGACGAAAUAUUAAGAGGAAGGGGAGAUGAUUUGGAUUGUUAUUAUUAAAAAUCUAUAAGUGACAUGGUAGCUUGUAUAAAAAGAAUGACCAUGUGAACAGUGGAUGUAAUAUUUUUGAGCUUUCUUAGGAUGGUGCUAGACAAAGUAAUUCCAUUGUUCCUUUGGUUAAAAUGUAGUUCUCUUUUGUGACUAGAUUUCAUGUCAAAGCAAAAGACUACAAUGAACUUGCAUGUAGAUCAUUUUUGAUGUAGAUUGGAAUGUUUCUGUUAGAGUUUAUUAUUUAUUGCUAAAUAGUCUUAUAUUUUAGCUAUUUUCCUAUCUGUUUGAAAGAGAAAAGUCAGGAUAAUUGAAUUCAGGUUUUGAAAGGGCAAUUCAUGUAAAAGUUUUCUUUGCGUCAAGACAAGAAAACAGACAGAUGACCCAUGAAAUUUUUUUCCUUUAUAUUAAACACAUUGAGGAAGGUAUCCUCUUCAGUAUGGUCAGAGGGAUGGAGUGAUUUUGUGUUUGAGAGAGGCUCAGGUUUGGGUGAUAGUUCAGUACUGUAGAAUAUACACAGAGGUUCAUCAUUUUGUAUUGGAUAAUCUCUGAACCUGUAGAUACUAAGAAGUAUUUAAGAUAAUAUUGCCCAUAAACCCCCAGUUCACAAUUUUGUAUACUCCACAUUAACAUUUCAGAACAGGAUGAAGGGGGAUUAAAUUAUAAUUAUUAUAAUUUUUUUAUGUUUGUAUUUUUUUUUCUUUUAUUAUUAUUAUUUUUAUUAUGAUUAUUAUUAUUAUUAUUAUUAUUCUCUUCUAUUCUGUUCUAUUAAGAUGAUAUUGUACUUACACAUGCAUUUCAACGGGAUUCAUGUUUUGUAAUGGCUGUAAUUGUUUUAAGGUGAUUUUCUCUUGAAACAUGCCAGUCUUGAGGUACUUUUAUUUAUUUAUUUAUUAUUACUUAUUUACUUAUUUAUUUAUUUAUUUUUAUUUGGAGUUAGUUCAUAACAUAGAGAUAUCCUGAGUGCUACCCUUGUCUGUAUACAGAUUACUCAAGUUGCAAUUUUAGCCUGGCAGAUGAAUGGUUUGAUGUUUAUGGCAGGAUAGUAUGUAGGAAUGGGGAAAUGUUUCAUUUUUCUGUUCAUUUAGGACUAUAAAAAUCACAUUGUUGUGGUGACUUUAGUUUCCCAGAGAGAAAAACUUCCAUAAUUGUAAUUAUUGUACUUCUUUGUUCUGCUAACAUUUUUUCUCAACCUCUUCUUUCUCCUUUGUUUCUUCCGUCUUCUUCUCUAUUGCCUCCUCCUCCUCCUCCUCCUCCUCUCCUC